AGUGAAUACCAGAAAAUGAUAAAAGUAUCGGUAAGAAAAUACAAAAAAUUUUGUUAUGACUUUUGAGACAAGCGGAAGUUAAAAAAAAAUUUGAAAUGAUUUGACAUUUUCUUGCAUUUCGUUAUUAAUCCCUAUAGUUAAUUGCCAUUAUCUGGGUUUGGCACUGUGUCGUCUAUGGACAAAUCCCCGUCGAUAAUUUUGACCCUUAUAACUCCUAUUAUGUUCCCUACGCUUCGACGUUUGUCGAUCAACCCACAAAGCAAAUAAAUUACAAAACAGCAGCUCAACUAGGCGAAAGUGGCGAAUUAAGGACCCUUCAAAACAUCAAGAAUUUAUUGCUCCAGGGGUUCAGGCAGAUCAAAAUUAAACAACAGGAAGCCACCAUAGCGAGUUUGAAAGCACAAUUAAAAGCAAUGCAAUCUGAUCUAGACAUUAUGACCGAAAACGUUGCAAAAUUAAUUGUAGCCCUGGCUGUUACAAAGUCAGAUUUGGCGAUGAAAGCCAAUCAAGCAGAUCUUGACCAAACGAACGCAGAUGUUUCAAAUUUGAAUACAGCGUUAGACGACACAAAUGCCAUUUUGGACUCGAAAGCCAAUCUAGAAGACCUAGCCUCAACGAACAAUGAUGUUUCAACAUUGAGUGCCAAAUUGGACGAAACAAAUGCUCUUUUGGAAACGAAAGCCACUCAAGUAGAACUAGCCAAUACCAACAGCGAUGUUUCAAACUUGAGGGAUAAAUUGAGCGAAAUAAGUGGCGAGUUGGGGACGAAAGCCAGUCAAGCAGAGCUAGAUAAAACGAACACCGCUGUUUCGACAUUGAGUGGUACAUUGGAAGAAACCAAUCUCGUUUUGGAGUCGAAAGCCACCCAAGCAGAUCUAGACAGCACCAAGGGAGACGUUUUAACACUGAGUGAAACAUUGACUGCAUCAAAUGAAAAUUUGGCGGCCACGCAAUUAGAUCUGGAAGCAGCGAAGAAUGAUAUUUCAGAUUUGAAAGAACUUGCGAAAACCAAUUCUAUUGAUAGAGUCCCCGAAUCUUGCGGAGACCUCCAGGGUAUCGGCCAUGUCAAAAGCGGAAUCUACUCCGUCAUGGCCGACAAACAAAUCAAAAACGUCUAUUGCGAUUUCACCAAAGCAAGCGAUGGAGCAGAUUUCCAAAAAUUGAUUGGCACCGUCGACAUGAAAUCGACACCUGCCUAUUUCUACGCUCAAAAAACGUCCAGCUAUUCGGUAGCUAACACAGUGGUUCCAUUCGAGUCGACGAAAACCAAUGUGGGAGGUGCCUUUGAUACGGCUACUGGAGAAUUCACCGCCCCGGCAGCGGGGAAAUAUUUUUUCGUUUUUUCGUGUUUGAGUUCGGAUAUUCCCACGCGAGUUAAUUUGGAGGUCAACUCUGCCGCUGUCGCCCAAACGUACGGCGAAAUCUUUCCUCAGACUUUGACCGUCCACGCUACACUGCAACUAUCCAAAGACGACAAAGUGAGGAUGUUUUUAGUCGAAGGGUCAAUGAAAGAAGAUGGAGUUAAAUUUACUAAUUUUGCCGGUUGGCUUAUCGAGGAAGACGAAUUGACACGUUUGAUUCGUGCCUAUUCUCGUAACAUUUCCCUAUCCCCCAGUAAAAAUUUGCCUAUCUUUAGUGGACAUUUGUUUUUCUUCCGGCGCUAACUAGUUCGUAUAUAAACUACACUAUUUAAUGAUAAUAUACCAGUGAAAAGAACGAAAAAGUGUUUAAAUUAAUUCAAAUGGAAUUUUCAAGUGUUCUUUCCAGCUAA